AUGAACGACAAGACUGAUACAUACCCUGUGCACUAUCAAUCAGUUUUGGAGAUUGCACACGCCAGUAAUCCAGCUAGCUAUUCCUAUUCGCAUGCUCCCAGAACCCGGUUUGGUGAUCAACAGUCUGAUCCUUGCAGGCGAGUUCAACUUCAGAUAAACUAUUUGAACUCCCUAGCAGCCCGAGUGCCCUCUUUCGGCUCGCUGGCUAGCGAAUUUCGCAGCAAGGAAACCCUACGGAUUUUCCUAACUAACAUUGCCCGGGAAGCGCUUGAGAGGCAUACCAAGCAGCACGGCUAUACCAUUAAAGAGAAAACCUUUGACCUCAAAUGCUUUGGCAGUCUGCGGAAUGGUUUCGCAUUGCCUGGGGCUGACCUUGAUCUAGUAAUGACCACCCACGGAGAAGUGUUCCCAAAAGAUAUAGAAGCAAGGUGUCCUCAGAUUUUGUAUAAGGCAUUCACUGAUGCCGGCUUCGAUGCUCGGAUAAUCCAAAAAGCCAGGGUGCCAAUCGUCAAAUUGUACGAAGCUCCUUCCCAAGGAGUCUCAGCCUCGCUCGGGGUUGAAAGCAAAGGACAGAGUAAUUACCAUUUUCCAAAACAGACUACAAACCCCGAGGCGCUGUCUUCAGUAGGCAUUCAGUGUGGCAUCAACCUUUCUGGGUGCCUGGUACUAUACAAUACCGAAUUACUUCGCUGCUACGCCCUCUGCGAUGAAAGGGUGCGUGUUGUCGGUGUAUUCGUGAAGAUGUGGGCCAAGGCUCGAAAAAUCAAUCGUCCCUACCAUGGCACACUCUGUUCGUAUGGCUACAUUCUCAUGGUCAUCCAUUACCUGAUGAACGUGGUAGACCCGCCUUUGGUUCCUAAUCUUCAGCUUCUGGGUCGGCUGUCCCCUAGACACUUUAGCACUACGGGUCCUAACAAGUACGAUAUCCGUUUUUCCAAAAAUGAGACCGAACUUAGGAGGAAAGCCUGGUAUAAUAUGACUUCUGGUAAUCGGCAAUCCGUCGGCGAGCUGCUUCGUGGCUUUUUCGCUUACUAUGGAAGCCGAUGCAAAACUACACCCCCAGGCGCUUUCAAUUGGAUCCAAGACGUUGUUUCGAUUCGCACGCAGGGUGGCAUCCUUUCCAAGCUGGAGAAAGGUUGGAACACCGCGAGGACUGACGAACAUGGACGUCGACUCCGGUUCCUCAUAGCAAUUGAGGACCCCCUCGAACACAACCAUAAUGUAGGCGAAACUGUCACAGACAAGGGCCUGUAA